AUGACUGAACUAGAUCCGUUUGGCGCUCCUGCCGGCGCUCCCAGCGGCCCCACGCUAGGGAACCGGGUGGUCGGUGCGGGUGAAGAAGACCCGGCCGCGGCCUUCUUGGUGCAGCAAGAGAGCGAGAUUGCGGGCAUCGAGAACGACGAGGCCUUCGCCAACCUGGACGGCGGUGCCCCCGGGGCCCAGCUGCAUGACGAGCCGCCAGGGGGUCCGGAUGCCCUGGAUGGAAUGAUGAAUGGCAAGUACUACCAGGAAAGUAAUGGUCCAACAGACAGUUACACAACUAUUUCACAAGUGGAUCGAUUGCAGUCAGAGCCUGAAAGUAUCCGUAAAUGGAGAGAAGAGCAAACGGAACGCUUGGAAGCCCUUGAUGCCAAUUCUCGGAAGCAAGAAGCAGAGUGGAAAGAAAAAGCAAUAAAGGAGCUAGAAGAGUGGUAUGCGAGGCAGGACGAGCAGCUACAGAAAACAAAAGCAAACAACAGGACAGCAGAAGAAGCCUUUGUAAACGAUAUAGACGAGUCGUCCGCAGGCACUGAGUGGGAACGGGUGGCCCGGCUGUGUGACUUUAACCCCAAGUCCAGGAAGCAGGCCAAAGACAUCUCCCGCAUGUGCUCUGUCCUCAUCUCCCUCAAGCAGGCCCCCUUGGUGCACUGA